AUGCAGGAGACCACUGCUCCAUCCAAUAGAAUGCACUGGUCAAACAGAAGCCGUUUUGUCGAAGACCGUUUUGUACACUGUCAGGGACGUCGUUUACUUUGGUAAACAUAAGUGUAGUUUUUGAUGAUCUUUUCAUUAUUUUGUGACAAAUACAUGUUAGAUCCGCCGGCUUAUAGCUGUCAGCACUUGUCCUGGGUCUAUGCUUGUGAAUGGGACAUAUACUCGCCAUCAUUAUGUCAGAGGAGAGAAUGCCUCAAUCAACAGAUCUCUGAAAAGCAUGCGAAUGUCAACAGGAGAAUUUGCAAACAUGCUUUCUCAAUACUUUUCCCUUGUUUUGGUUUUGGCCUGACACUUCUACCCGUCCCUUCUCCACAGCUCCUUCUGAGAGAUCGAUGGUUUCCACGACUACAUCUUUAUUUACAGUAGGGUCUUAAGGUAUGCAAGCAUCUGCUAUGCCAUGAUUAACAAACCAUGGCCCUCGCAGCCUGGUAUGCGCUGGCAGUCCUCCGGCACCUGGUUCCCUGUUGGUAGAUGCACUUACGCUUCCGCUGGGUACACAUGUCGUGAGCAUGGCUGCCCAGUCAUCCUCGUCUUUCUGACCCGUUGUAGUGCUGUUGUUGUUGUUGUUUAAAAUCCUGGUCAGGUGUUUGCUGUGUACCGGGAAGUGCGAUGGUGUGCUUAGGUGCGGGUCCGGCCGUGCCAGCCACCUGCGCCCUCCACCGCCUUAGCUCCUCUUGACUAUGCCUCGACAACGGGCCCAGGUUGGGAAGGAGAGAGCGCGGCAGAGGUUACGCAAGCCUACUCUCACUAUGAACCCAUUCAUGCGCAAGUCACCGUGCCUGCUUCACCUUGCUGUGGCGCACUCGGUGGACAUCGUUGGGCACGACGAUCGAACUGUCAGGAAUACUUCUAAAUGCAUUUCCCAGGGGUUUUGUUGUUUUUGAUUUCUUCCAUAGUUCUGUAUUUUCUUUAUUAAAUAGGCAAAUUUUUGUAUAUAGAAAAACACGUUCACGUAAUUUUCGUAGAGCCAGAGGUGGUUACCUUGGCAUAGGUUCGUUUAGCAUACGGCAGUUCGACCGUCUAUUUCGAUGAUGCUCGCCGUGUGCUCCACAACCAAAUGAGGGCAGGGACGGUGACGUGCGUGUGAAUUGGUUUAUAAUGGCAGCAGACUUGCACAGCGUCUACCGCACUCUCUGCUCCCCCCCUGGGCUCCUAUAUAACAACUAGAAAGAAUCCGCGGUCUUUUUUAGUUUAAGCAGACUGCAGUUACGCAUGUAAAGUAUCAUAAAUUCUCUUUUAGAGUGCCUUAGGUUUGACCCCUAAAAUGCCGACUGUGUGACACUUGAUUUUUGCCUCAUAAGCUUCUCAACUAUCUCCUAAAUCUGCCUCUUCCAUGGGUUGCCUAGGAAUUUUCAAUGUUGCUGAAGGUAAUGUACGAUCUUAGUUGUAUUUUGAAAGUCAGAAUUUCAUGUACGUAGGUCUCUGAAUGGCACCUGGUAAGUGACUUGGGUCAUUUCUAAUUUAACGCAUACUAAAAAAUUGAAGCAAAAACUGUCCAGGUAAUUGAGAUCAUACAAAGUGAAAUAGGACGUAUUUUAACACACACGAUAAGCUAGAUUUUAUGAUAACAAACAGUAAACGAGUAUUAAAAAUAACAGGCUUCAUUUCGAUGUACAGACGGAAGCAGGUAGUAUAGUUUGCCUUCAUAAUUUUGCGUUUUUCUCUCUGCAAGCGAACCCUUCUGUAUUUAUAGUCAGAGUGGGCCCUCUCGUUAAACUCCUUAUGAGGACUUACAACAUACUGUGAAAGGAGCGUUGUCCGUCUCGCGCUGGUUGAGUGAUCAUCUGGUAAACAUACCAGCCACUGGCUAACGACCCGUCUACUUCAUUUAUUGAAUAAAGCAUCCAGUUUGGAGUAACAUUAUACUUCCUACCCAUUUUUUGUCAAUAUCUGCCGCAUUUAGGGGUUGCAAUCUAUUGCUGCUCCACCUGUCAUCACAACACGCCGCUACCACUGGCAGCGCUAAAGAGGACGCUCCUAUCGUACUACAAAGUAUCGCCGCCACUGACUCUACCAUCAUCAAUGUGGUUUCAAUCAGAACCUGUGCUUGCUGUGGUCACAUCUUCACGUCACACAAUAUUCUGAUCAGUCACUUGUAAAUCCAUCGCAACUGAGACCGACGAAUCAGUACUAGGAGUUCUGACAAGCAUCCAUUAUUUACAUCUCAUCUGUCCACAAUGCCACUAGAUAUUUAGACACUGACUGAGUCUUUUCGGUCAGAUGCUGGGGGAUUCACCACAAUGUUGCCGUGACUGGCCCACCUCCUGCACUCGAAAGCCCCACUACGACCAGCAUUGCCAAUUUUACCACCAACAGGAUCGCCACUAUUAUCGGUGCAACAGUCAAAGCCCCUUCACGUUCUUGCUGUCACCGCAAAUCCGCAUGACGCAUCGGUCUGGUCGGUCACUCCCGAAUCCAUUUUAACUGAGACAGGUAAACCAGUGAGCGAAGCCGUAACAGGCAUCCUUCUCACACGUCUCACCUGCCCACACUGCCGAGGGACAUUUGGUCAUCGCAUGAGCCUUUCCGACCAUAUGAGUCUUCACACAAAUCUUCGAUAAAACACUACACUCGUGACCCUACUACCAUACCUGUCCUACCUGACCACACAAAUGUGUCUAAGUCAUAUAUGAACCUCCUCCAAAUCACGAGUCACGCCCCGUAGCUGUUGUAAGUUUUUACAGCCAGAGGCAUACUAUUCGCUUCGCAGUUUCACGAGUGGCUGGCGAAAAGCGCCUUAUCAAAACAUUCACGUCCUAUGUAAGCUCGGUCCGCGUUCUUUUGUGGCGACCAUGUGAUGUGUGGCACAAAAAGGUGGGAACACUGGCUGACAAAAUCAGACAGUGUUCCCAAUUCUACUAACAGCUCAAACAGUCGACUAGUGUGAGGGAGUGGAGAUAGAUUUAGGCAGAUCAGCAAGUUGUUCACUGCGAUAAAUCUGACACGCUCGUAUCUGUCAUGACGCAACAAGAGUUGUAGUUUAGACGGCUGCCGAUUGACAGGAUAACCGGGUUUUCACGGUCAGUACUGUGUGAAGCUGAGGUGACUGAUUGAGGUACUGAGAGUCAGACUGUGUGACCGACUUUCAACGUGGUCUUCAUGGCAUUCUUACUGUUGCGAAAUCGGACCCACACUCAAAGAUUGCCUGGUACAUGCCUCGGGAAUCAGGUCGUAUAUGGUGUGUGCAUGGACGGAGUGUAUAGCCCUGUCAGCCACACUGUCUUGCCAGUAAAGCCUGGUAGAUGGGGGAGGAGAAAGUGCGAUAGAUGCUGUGAAAGUCCGCCUUUCUACGAAGUAAUUCACGAGAGAGCCAUCGGUGCUGCGCCGGUCCGGUGUUAAGACAAAGUCAAGCAGACCGAAAGUGCGAGAGGACGCAGGCGGCUGGCACGACGUAAACCCCGACCUAGGUGUACUACCACACCCCCUAGGCCACCACAUACAACUGACCAGGACUCUGCACCACAAGAAAAAAGGGCGACUCGGAUCCCAAAUGGCGUGACGUGGGUCCACAUCUGGGUGUGCCGCACACCCAGGUGUGGACAUUUCCUGUGGGUGUGUAUUCUCAAUAAUACUAGCCGGGACCCCGAUCGUGCCCCGUGUUGGUCCAGCGCAUCUACCGCCGGGUUCUUGUUAUGGGCACGAUUACAUGUGCAUCCAUAAACACAAGUUGAAGUAACGUGCAUUGGCAAAGUAACCUGCAACGCUCCAACAGAACCAGUUUUAGUACGACUGUCAAACACAAGCUGGGCCGCAUCGAGAGUCCUCUCAACCACGCACCGUAACCGCCAUUUCAUUGUUUCUAAAACCCUAUCAUUCUUAAAGGCCAUCCAUGUCUAAUGGGCUUUUUCGAAGUCACCAUUUGCAACCGGCUCAAGAAAGCAAGGGACCGACCAAAACCCCAGUGAGCGAUCUGACGCAGUAUAUGAUAUCCGGUGUCAAAACUGCUGUUGUAAUUAAAUAAGUGAGGUUUGAUGAACGCUUGGAUAGCACACACACACAAGCACAGGGUGACGAAUUAUCACAGCUGCUUGUCCACACCUCUGUAGGAGGUCAGAAGUUCAAGUUCACGGUCACUAACACCGCUGUUCAUACCGGGGCCUGUGGCGCGGGCUCAGUCAACCGACAUGUUGGAUUCGUGUCGGCGCACUCCUCUUCAUAAUAGAAACACUGGUUGUUGAUCGGAUAGAGCGCCCUGUAGGUGCCGCUUGUCGGUUCUAGCUGUCGCCUGACGAUGGACUAUUUGAGAAGAUCGAAGGUGCGGAAAACCAACUAGUCCCGGUGCUGGACCAGUUUCCAUCAUCCUUACUCGAACGUGUGCCCCAGACUCGAAUACUUAUCUCGUUUUGUUGGAUUUAACUUCUUACUUACUUGAAUAGGGUUACACAGAAGGGGUCGGUGAUAACAUGAAGUCAGAUUGAUGAACUCCUGACCGGAAUCUCUUAAUACUUUGACCUCUUCUUUUAAACUGACAUGAAUGUUGGACAGGAGGCUAGGUCGAGGGUAUCUUAAUGAGCUGCAACGUCCAAACUGGCUUGCACAGUUUCGGAAGCGUAAAAAACACAAAAACCACUGAAAUGUGAAGAGGGAACGCCACGUUCACGAGGACUAGCUACGUCCGGUUCAGUAACAUUCGUGUCCUCUUCAUCCUGACCUUCAAAGUCAUCGAACGGAUCACAAAUGAGGAGGUCUAGAACCGGUCGUAGAGAGAGAUCAAAUUCUCCUCCAUCACCUCUUUGGAGUCAACAGUUGUCACAUACCGCCUUAUCAACACGAGAACAGUCUUUUCCUUCGCGGACAAUGCCUUCUCAGUCUAUGCCAUACAGCACGCCAAAUGUCAACGACCUGCCAGAACUGUUGUAUCCUAGUCAUCCUCGCUGGCAAGUUCACAUGAGGAUGGCUACAACAUCUUACAGCAACCCCCCAAGUUAUUUCAGUUAGUCCAGCAUAUUAUCUUUCGAAUAUACUUAUUUUCGGCCGUCAAGAAUACUUACUUCGUGGUGAACACGGUGAUGACCGUUCCAGGCACCUAGUCACUUUUGUGGCUUCCACCAAACAACCUCCGAAGACCCUGCUGCACUACCUCGUGCAAGAGCCCCAUUUGAGUCGUUCUGAUAAAAGCGGUCGUCUCAGGAUGAGGCAUACUUUCAAAUUUAUCUAAUCAGGGUAUUGGGAUACAGGAAACAACGGUCAAACCUGACGAAAGUGUUAGAGCUUUACUUCAGUCGCCAAUGUUGGUAGCUCGCUCUUCCAAUGGCAUGACUGCAAAGGCAUUCUGGGGUGGAAUUUCUGGUGCGCUCUAUUGUGCUAUAACUGAGGGGCUAUGGAAGCGUUCAUUAUUGGUUCUGCAAGAUAUACGGCAACCAAUAUCAAUUUGGUAAAUGGGCACGCACCGAUCGCGCUAUCGAACUCACUCGGGCAAGGGUAUGAUCUCUGGACGGAGUUACUUGCUCCGGAGAGCAAUUAUAUUAAAAGAAAAUGAUUGACUAUACUUAUUUUUACGUGCCGGAGGAAGAAGUAAAAAGACCUUGCGGUGGCAGUUGAGUAAGGGUGGUCACCGUAGUAAAAAUACAAUAGUGCAAUGCCUUUUUUGAAAAUGCCUGUAAAGGGGCAUCAGAAUUCAUUUACUAUUAUCACUGAAUGGCAAAAGCAGGGUCCCCUUUUAGUCAAUGACAAUAUGGAAGACCGAAUUUGUGGUACCACAAAGUUCUUAGAUGUUCGACCCUUUUGCUCAGCACAAAUGAUCCCCGGAGUAAGUAACCAUUGCCCUCACUCGUCCCCCGUUGUGCCUUGGGGUUUUUCCUCGAGCCCUGCCAGCGGCCGCACAGCGGCGCGUAAGAUAGACAGGAUGGCAUUGCCGGCAAGGACACUGGAGGCCGGAAUAGCCAUUCCUGACUUAUUAGCCAUCCUCAGCCAGCCGUAACCGACCUCGAGACGUCCACCACUCGGGGCUCGAAACCACGACCUAUUGGUUAGGAGUUCGACAUAAUAACCACUAACCAACAGGUCACGAGUUCGAUCCCCGAGGGCUGCGCACCUCGGGGUUGGGUACGGCCGGCUGAUGACGGCUAAUAAGCCGGAGGUGGCUACUCCAGUCUCCCAUUUCUUUGUCGGCUGUGCUGUUUUGCCUAGUAUCCAUUUACAGGGUUUAGCAGUAUCUUUCUGUUUAGUGAAGAUGAUUCUUAUCCAAAUUCCUUCAGUUGCUGACCUGCUACCAGCUGAGAUAAGCAGCCGGUAAAAUAGUCAGAGGAACCACAAGGUAUUGACGUCUGUAGAAACAAAAAUAACUAAUAUCUGUGCCUGAAGCCGGUGCCACUGAUUAAAGAGUAUGUGCUGCAGUAAACUGGCUGCGAGUGUACUUUCCAAAAUAAAUGUACUGGCUAACACAUCUCUUCAUAUCAUCGAGUCGGUCAGAGCACCCAGUCACCAUAAACACUCACUGGCGGUUAUAGACAAAGCUGAUUAAAAGGCCUUGUUUGCCAGCCUGUAUGUAGCUUGAGCCUGGUCGAUUACACUACUUUCUUCACUUCUAAGUGUCAAAGCUGUUUUUUGCUAUAGUGCAGUAGAAAAGAAACCCAUGAUCUGCCUGGAAGGUUUUUUCCCUAAAUUAAAGAUUAACCACAUGAAAUAGCCUCCUCGGCUGCAUCUACGCGUUCUUAUUCUUUUACAUAACGCAGUCCAUGUGGCGUGCCCCGAGACGAUGCAAUCUAUGCUGCCGUACUUGAUUUGCACCAAGAGCCAGGGUGGUCUUCUGUUUAUUCCAUUAAUUGAAAUUUAAAUACACUCUUGGACCUCAGGUCAGCGUCUUGUCGUGUUUUCAUCACCUAUGUUAGCGAUCAGACGUCGGCCUGUCCAAACGAGGUCAUACCUGGUCGGAGUUAAUCCCGCAAUCACGCAAGACCCCGACUGAUCGCUAUGGUAUGUUCGUCAGCGCACACAUAUAUAAGAACCGAUGUUCCAGUCGAGGUGGUUGGAGACGGUGCUUAGAUUAAUUUACGAUGUUUUCGAUCAGAAUGAAGGCUAGGUGAGAAUCCGUAAACCACAUCCACAAAAUAUGCACGUCUGACUUCUGUCUGUUUAUUUACACAUACUACCUAUGACUGUUUGUCCGUCGUUUCUUCUGCAGGCUUGUUCGGAGACUUUGUGAGAGUCGUUUCCAAAGCACCAGCAUCUCGACACAAAGACGACCGUCCCAAACACGGAGCGAGCUCUCCAAGGCCAAGAGAAUUGUCCUUAAGCUGGGAAGUGCGGUAGUGACUAACGAGAACCAAGGUGGGAUCGCGUUGGCACGUGUUGCGAGCAUUGUGGAACAAAUCGCGGAACUGACCAAACUAGUAGGUUUUACACUGUCGUUCACUUACCAAUACUGGCUAUUUCAUGUUUCUGGAGGCACUAUACCAGUUUCCCUCGGAAGUAAUGCUCGUCAUUAAUUUUCUGAAGUGCCUUGUUUUUUCGAACAGCAAUUAAAACCUUGCCAAUCUUUUACUCUUUCCUGGCUAUAAAUAGAGUUCAUUCUAAUUAGAGUCUGUUGUUCAGAGCGUAAGUGGUUACUGCUUUCUCUCCAGAAUCCAAACCUCCAGAAUUUAUUCGGAAGAAAUCUGAAGAUCUGGAUGGCCAAUUGAUUUGAUUCAUGGUUUCGUGGCAGCCGAGUAAAUUUGCCUUAAGUUGUUGGCGAGGAUACCGAUUUUAGUCUUUAACCAUUGAAUGUCUGUCUUGUAAAUGCCUAUUUUACAUGGAAUCACAGGAUACAAGAGUUGUUGCAGUAGGCAAAAUGCCAUUUCAGGUUAGGAUUGAUGUUGCAAAGGAUAGCUUUUUCGAUAGUUAUAAUGGGAGGGAGUCCGAGUAUGGGAGACAAAAGCCCAACCUGCUCUUGUAUUCCGUCAUUUUGAUGCAAACUGACGUUUAUUGGAAGAAACUCCAAAUAGGUAUUGUAGGUGCGAAAACGGUGUAAAUCAAGAGGCCUUAAAAAGCACCACAUAGGGAUCCCAUUUUUUUCUUUCCAUAUUUUACCUUCAGGGCCGUGAGUGCACUUUGGUUACCAGCGGGGCCGUGGCGCUCGGGCAAGGCCGGGUUGAAAACUCGCCAAAAGGAGCAAAAGCUGCACUGGGCAUGACAAAGCUCGUCGGCAUUUACAGUCAACUGUUUGCUCACUGCGGCCUUGAGAGCGCAGCGGUAAGUAAUAAUUUACACAGUGCUUACAUAAAUUGCUCCUCCUCUGUCUGUGGGUUGUCUUUAGUCUAAAUGCUUCUCUUCGUACGCCCCACAACUUCUAACGGGUUUCAAUACGUUGAUAACCUCUGCUCAGAAGGGCCUGGAAACAUAAAGCUGAACAGAUACUCUUUAAGCGCUUUUUAGUUAACUGUGCCUUUUGCAAUGAGACAUUCCACCUCGCACCUAGUAGCUAUCAUACAAAACAAAAGGUGGAGGAAAUCCUUCCGUACAUAUACCAAGAGGAAUAGGACGUGGAAGCUUAUUGAGUCGGAAGGCAAAUUCCGGCCGGAUAGUCUUUGUGAGACGCAGUUACGCACGCAUGCGCGUACAUAAUACUUAGAAGUCGAACAGACCAAAUGGCCGUGGCAAAUGUAGACAUUAAAGUGGCUGCGACCAUAAAAAAUGAUGCAAUUACUCCUUCUGCGUCAGUGGUUAAGUGCGGUUGACAUUAAAUGUGAACGUCAAAAGGGGAUAUGAUUUCCUGAAUACACUCCCAAAUGAGUGACUUGUUUAGACUGUCAUGUUAUGCCUUGCUUGAUGUACUCUAGAAUGGAAUCAUUCUAUCUAGAAAGAAAGACGUUAGGGCAAUUGCAGGUUAUCAAUAUUUAGGAGUUAUUAGUCGAUUAAAUUAUGAAAUGAGGACUUGGCCUGUGAUUUAGUAUGGAAUAAUAUAAGGGAAAAUCUUUCGUCGGUUUGGUAGCAUCGAGUAAUAUGGCAGGAUGCUAUAAGGAAUUGUUUUAUUGAUCACAGACAUGCCGGUAUAAUCUGCCGCACUUUGUCUACUAGCUAAUUGCGGAAGCAGGUCACCAAUCGCUUCCACAAGACCCUACCGAACACCAGUCAUAUUAGUGAUCCAAUAAUUCUCCCGUUUCUACAGGCCAAUCCUCUUUUGCUUCUUGAUGCGCUUACUACUCACUCCUUAUAGCAUGGAAAAAGUCGCUUUGGCUGCAGGCCUACAUUAUGUAAGUGACAUAGUAAAGGGGGCUCCUGUGGUAAUCGCAGCAGCUUAUUAACUUCCUGGCACACUAUUACAACGGUUUUGGAUUGUCCUUCUUGGAAUACGGUUUUCAUGCCUAGCCAAUUAACUUUCCAGUGGAACACGUUAACCUGCUUUUUCCAGUAAGGGGAAAGUAACGCAAGAUGUGCGGAACGUCUAUCUGUGAAGGCUUAAAAGUAGGCAAAAACCAAAGAGUCAUAACCUUCGUUCUCCCGACGUACACCUAGCAGAUCAGUAUUUUUAUGUGACAUUGAAACUUCAUAAAUGGAAACAGAACAUAAGAUAUUUAUUAACUACUUCAUAUGUUGUUAUAUGUUGGCUUUGACAGCUUCCCGUUUUAUUUGGAUCCAGCCAGCCAGCCAGUUUAAAUUCGCUUUUCAGUUACUUUUAACCCCGCUGGAUUUCGAAAACCUUGAAAGACGUGAAUAUUGGCGAAAGGCGUUGCAAGACUUGCUUAGACGGGGCAUCAUCCCAAUUCUCAAUACCAAUGACGCAGUCAAAUGGAAGGGUGAAUUGCAAGAAAAGGCAACAUCGGUAUGAACUCCGAAUUUCCCAACUUUACCGAAAAUACUUUUUACCAUAACAAUUCGCUCUGCUCUCGUUCACCACAUCCAUCUUUAUCCAUUGCAGCUGGAUGGUUCAAUCUCAAAUACACCCCCUAUUCUGCUGGAUAACGACGCACUCGCCGCGCGUUUGGCCUCCGAUAUCAAAGCUGACCUGUUGAUACUUGGCACGCGGGUUAAUGGAGUGCAUACAGCUCCGCCCGGAACCCCGUCAGCACACGCCCUCCUCGAAUACGAUGUCAGCAUCGACCCCUAUGUACACAACGCUCCCUCCUUGAUAACUUAUGGCACCUGCUCCGUCCUCGGGACGGGAGGGAUGGAGGCUAAGGUUGCAGCAGCUGAAUGGAGUGUUCGACAGGCAAGAAACAUUCGUCUUUCGUUAUGA